AGCUCACAUUUUUACCGCGUCGGUAAAUACGCGGUCGCGGUCGAAAUAUGUUCACAUGAGUGGUCGCACAGCUCAAACUCAAACAUUUUUAUUGCAAAAACCGUGUCUAGUUACUGUAUAGGUGGUACAUACAAUUUAAUGACAAACAGUUUGCCCUUGCAGCCAUGGAAUAUAUAUAGAAUCACAUCUUAAUCUUUAUCACAUUACAUCUUUAAAAGAAGAUACAAACAACAUAAUACAGUUAAAAUCAAUAAGAGUUAGUUCAAUCGAUUUGUGCUUAAAAUAUCACGAUGAUUCUGUGGUUUGUUCUUGUUGGGUUGGGAGUGUGGACCGUGGUGUUCCGGUACAGGAGACGGAGGAUGUACGAACUGGCGUCCCUGAUACCGGGUCCUAAUGAGGAGCUUCCAGUGAUCGGGAUCGCUCAUAAGUUGAUUGGGAAUGACGAGGACAUCAUGUCUGCGCUCAAAAACUUCAGUUACACGUCAAUCAAAACCGACGGGAUGAUAAGGGGAUGGCUCAAUCAUAUAUUGUACUUUGUGUUGGUAGAUCCAUAUGAUAUGGAAGUGGUGCUGAAGACAUGUCUGGAAAAGGACGACUUGCACAGAUUUAUCCAGAAGGUCGUCGGUUUUGGCAGUAUUUUUGCACCAGUCUCCAUUUGGAGAAGAAGACGCAAGAUUACGGUGCCUGCCUUUAGCCCGAAAAUUGUGGAGAACUUCGUCCAAGUAUUCUCUCAGCAGAGCCAGGUGCUCAAGCAGAGGCUGGAGAAGUGUUGCAAUAUUGGUGUCUUCAGUCUAUGGCCCUUCGUCAGCACGUACACCCUGGACUCUGUAUGUGAAACGGCAAUGGGCGUGAAAAUAAACGCCCAGUCGAACCCCGCGUCCCCGUUCCUUACCUCCAUGAACUCGCUGCUGAGCCUGGUCUGCCAGAGGAUCUUCCACCUGUGGCUGCAGCCAGACUGGAUCUACCGCAUGUUCCCCAGGUCCCAGGACCACGAGAGAUACUGUAAGAUGAUGCAUGAUUUCACCGACACGGUAAUCAAAACAAAAAGAGAGGAAUUAAAAACUGAGACAAAUAAUAAAUCGGAAGCAGACAAUGAAUAUGAUUUAGGAAAUUACAGACUGAAGACAUUUUUGGAUCACCUCAUCACGCUGUCCGGGGGGUCGAAGGGGUUCACGAACGUGGAGUUGAGAGAGGAGGUCCUCACCCUUACGAUAGCUGGCACGGACACCUCUGCACACGCUAUUGGUUACACAUUUAAGUUACUUGCCAAGUACCCUGAAAUACAAGAAAAAGUUUUUGAUGAGUUAUAUGAUAUAUACGGCGAUUCAGACCGCCCCUUGAUCAAAGAAGAUUUAACGAAAAUGAAAUACCUGGAGAGAGUAGUUAAAGAAUCCCUUCGAUUAUUUCCGCCAGUGCCUUUCAUUAUCAGAAAGAUUAUUGAAGAAACCAAAUUACCUUCAGGACGCGUGCUCCCGGCCGGCUCUGGAGUGGUGAUUUCCAUCUGGGGCGCCCACAGGGACCCUAAAUAUUGGGGUCCGAAUGCGGAAGAGUUCGACCCCGACAGGUUCUUACCUGAGAGGCUCAACCUAGUCCACCCCUGCAGUUACAUACCCUUCAGCUAUGGUCCUAGAAAUUGCGUCGGUUACCAGUAUGCUUUGAUGUCAAUAAAGACUGCUCUGUCGACUGUAUUGCGCAGCUACAAAGUGAUAGCGGACCGAGAGCCCAGUGCCCACCCUCGCAUCAGAACCAAACUGGCCAUCAUGAUGAAGGAUGUCGAUGAAUACGAAGUCGCUCUAGAGAAGAGACAGUCGCCCGAAGUCAACAUUAAAUAAAUCCUAUUUUGGUCAA